UCAACCCCUCCCUCGUUUGAUGUAUCCAAGAUGGAAGAACGGAAGUUGCAAACUAAGACAUUGACUGGUUUUGGCACUAUUCUUCUCAAAAGAUUUUGUGGGAAAUCCAACAGUAAUUUGCUUGGUCAUGUUUCACGUAUUAGGAAAGCUUGUUUGGAUGAAAGAAUCUUUGUUGAAGUGAAAGUUGACGAGAAUCUCAUCCAGUUAUAUGCCGCUUCACACGAUAUGAAUACAACUACUAUGUUGGUGAGUGAUGUUUUAGAAUACGGGAAAAAGAGGUUACGCACAGAAUGUAUGGAAAAAUGUUUGUAUCACGGGUCUGGUUCUGCAUCACCUAUGGCUUUGUUUGGGUCUGGUGCUGAGAUAAAGCAUCUGGAACUCGAGAAGCAUUCCCUGAGUGUUGAUGUGUAUCACUCAAACAUAAAUGCAAUUGAUGACAAGGAGCUCCUGAUGUUUUUUGAAAAGAAUACCUCAGGUUCUAUAUGUGCUGUGUACAAGUUCCAAGGAAUGGGGAAGGAUCCUCCAGAUAGAGAAAAGUGGGGCAAGAUAACAUUUUUGUCCCCUGAUGCUGCCAAAAGAGCCGUUGAGCUGGAUGGAGACGAGUUUUGCGGCUCGAACUUGAAAAUACUUCCUUCACAAUCAGCUAUGGGAGGGGAUAAAACAUUUUUAUUUCCUGAAGUUAAAGCAAGAAUUUUCUGGCCUCGCAGACUUAGCAGAGGAUUUGGCAUAGUUAUAUGUGAUAAAAAUGAUGUCAAUAUAGAGUGGUAUACACCAUUAUCACCAUGA